UACGACGACGCGUACGAACGUUUGACCCGCCUGGUGGCGUACGAGAAUGGAGUCUCCAUCCUAAAGCCGUAUCGUACGUUCGUUGAGAGAGAACGCUCGCGUUGAAUAAGUAUCUCUCGACACUUUGUUCGAGGGAACAAAGAAAAAGGGGGAAAAGAAGGAAGAGGACGAUUUUGUAUUUCUUUAAACGACUCGUCGUCUCGCGAUUCGAUCCGUUGCAUUCUCGCAUCCUCGACGAUCGAAUACUCCGAGCGUUUUUCAACGAAUCCAUAUGCGAUCGUGGUAUCGUGCGAACUUAUUACUUUUCUUUUUGUUUUUAUAAGUAAGUGAACAAAGUUUCGGAAUUGCGAUUUGUGCGACCUUGGGAAAGAUCGUGAUUCGAGGCUCGAACGAGAGAGCGUUCUUUAGAAAGCCUUUCUAAACGUAAUAAUAGAUACCAGUCACGGAUCGAUUGACCGCGAUGAAUCGGACCGAUAUCGUGUAAGUAGACUUCUUGGCGAGUAGGCGCAUCCUUAACUCCAUAAUCUCGUCCAACGAAUGUACCAUCGUAGAAUGUCGAAGGAAUGAUUUGUCGGGCGAAUAAUUUCCCAUGGCUGAGGCUCUUACGGUGUACCAUUUUGGUAGCACUCGUGAUAUAUGUCUCCUUUCUAAUCGUUUGGUACAAGAAAAAUUUUCCUCUAAGGAGCCCGGCCUCUGUCCCAAGUAACGACGACAAGGAGAAGGAAGAUAACGCGAUCGAGAGCCUAUUUUUCGAAUUGGAGGCCGCGACGGUCGGAAAGAAGGAACGAGAUCGUUACGAGAACGUUGCUCUCGAUCGUAUCUCGGACGAGGAGAGUAUAAGGGAGCACGAGGAGACGGAGAAUCGUGAGGAUCCGAAAAGUUUGUUGGAGGAUAUCUUUCGAAGGGCGGACGUCGACGAGAAUCAAUUGUUGGACAUUCAGGAACUUGCUAAAUGGAUUCACGCUAAGAUCACGGAACACGUUCGUCGUGCUAUGAGAGACAACGUCGGUCUCUUCACUGCCAUCGACAAUAAUCCAAGAAAUGGCGAAGUUUCGUGGGAGGAAUACCACGCGCACUUUUUACGAAUGCACGGUUUCUCGGAGAGUUACGUUCGCUCGCACGACAAGAGGCACAGGGAAAUGUCGAGGACGUUGAAGGAGAGCAUCAUGAGGGACAGAGCUAGGUGGACGGACGCGGCGAGAAACGAUCCGGAGAAAUUGACGUUGGACGAAUUUUUGGCCUUUACUCAUCCGGAAAGCAGUCACAGGGCACUCUUGCAAAUGGUGGAGGAUCUCUUUGAGAAAUUUGAUCGUGACGGCGACGAGCAACUGACGGAGGACGAAUUUUCGGAUUUGCCGUCCGAAGGUGUUGGCUUGGAACUCGACGAAGAUCGGCAUCAAACCGUCGGAGGUAGCGCCGACAGGCGAAAGGAGUUUCGUCACCUCAUCGACAAAAAUAAAAAUGGGAAGGCAGACCGUACCGAACUCUUGAUGUAUAUCGAUCCACGAAAUCCGAGGCACGCGAUUCAAGAGGCCCAACAUUUGAUCAGUCUCUCGGAUAUUAAUCUCGACGGGAAAUUAAAUCUCUCGGAAGUUUUGAGCAAGACGGAUCUCUUCUUAUGCAGUAAAAUGGUCGACACCGAGAAAAGUUUCCACGACGAAUUCUGAUAUCGAUAUAUCUGGGAAAUCUCGAUAUCCUCGGAGGAUGCGUAGUAUAAGCGAUAUAUUAUUAUAUAUUAAAAAAGACAAUACUCUUUUAUAGUCUUUAUGCCGGACUACCGAUUAGAUUUCUGACAACGCGUCUGUGAUAGUCUCUUCGACGUAAAAUAUCAUUUCGAUUAACGUGUAGCUAUGUUAUUAAGGUACACUAUAUUCUAUAAAUACGAUAUCGCGUUAUAGUAAAAGAAGGGUACUCACCUUGUCGGAUCGAUUCGAUUCGAUUCGCCGUUUCGACGUAUAUCGAACAGUUUUGGUAUCAACAUUUAAGCGUUAAGGAGUCGAUAAAUCCGUCCUUCGUAUAACUUUCUAUGUACGAUUUUUUGUUCCUUCGAUUCUGCGUUUUAUCACGGUCGAUCAUCGAUCGAUCCAUAUUUUAAAAUAUCACAAUAAUUUGCGGGACGGUAGCUACAUGAUAGAGAGCUACAUAGAACAUUUUUUCUUUUGUUUUGUCUUGUAUUAGAAAGUAACGAAGCAAGAGCAUAUUUACGCAUACUCUAUAGAGGUACAUGUAUCGUAGAACGGGAUAUAUUAUACAUAGAACGGUUCCUAUAUAUUGUCACCUUUGUGUCUUUCUAUCGCAAUAAAAUCAUUUUUUCCAAUAUAUAUAUAUAUAUACAUACAUAUACGGAGAGAGAGAGGUAUGUGCGUUUUCGAACUGAUAUCACCUCACUCACCUCUCCUCGUAUUUUCGAUUUGGAGAAAGGGAAUGAGAGCCAAGCCUUUUAUGCUUCCACGGCUUUUUCAUAUUUUUAUUAACAACAAUCGACAUGUAUCGAUUUUACAGAGACUCGAGAAACAAAUAAUAUUUAUUAUCGGCUUAAGCACUUGGGCACGAGCCAAGUUUGAAAAAGUUUGACAAAAAUCUCUAAUUGCAUGGGCAAUUUCUAUAAUGUAUAAUUAGGUACGUACCAGCGGUGAGAGAGGAGACGAAGAGGAGGCGAGUAUAUUGUACCGUAUUCGCGUAUGGACGCAGAAUUUCUUUACCGAAUAUGUUAAUUACCAUGUACAAUGCAAAGCAAUAAAUUUCUUAUUUAUAUCGUGUAUUAAAA